CGUGGAUUUGUGCUUCUUUUUCCCUCAUUGAAGGUCCUUUCUUCUAUUCACUGUCCCUCUCCUUCAGGGUGAUAUUUACUAGUGCAGAAUUGCUCUUGUGACCAAUCUGCCAGAGUCGGCCUUUCCCGACACGGCUCUCCGGCGCGUUGUUUUCCCUCUGACCUGGCAACCAGGAUCCUCACCUACUCCGCUACUGACCCUGGAGUAGCAUCGCUCUCACUGGCCCACUACGAACAACUGCUCUCUGCACCGCCAGCGUGUCCAGUGUUUCCGUCUCAAAUAAAUCAUGUCAUCGGCCGGUACCUAUAGAGGCACGCCCAAGUCCAGAGGACAAGUCCAAUACGCCAAUAGCCCUUCCGGCAUCCCACGCCCUGCGCUCGAGCAACACGCUACGUCACAGUCACAAAGUGAUGUAGGCACUUCAACGCUCAGUGCUAGCCGGCAGAAAAUGUCGAAAAGGGAUGAGGCCAUUCGACGCAAAAUCGAGACGGACCUAAAUAAGAAAAAGAAUACAUCUGGUCGCGUUCGUCCAGCAAGAAAAGCACCCCCUGGAACAGUUCUUGCUCUCAAGCCCAGCCCAGCACUACAAAUCAAGCCCAAUACGACUGUCGCCGAAGCCGCUCAGCUGAUGGCAGCGAAGAGGGAGGAUUGUGUUCUGGUGACCGAUGAUGACGAUCGCAUUGCCGGUAUCUUUACUGCUAAGGACCUUGCGUUUCGAGUGGUGGGAGCAGGUAUUAAGGCGAGGGAUGUUACAAUUGAGGAGAUCAUGACCAAGAACCCACUCUGUGCGAAGACCGAUACGAGUGCUACGGAUGCUCUAGAUCUCAUGGUCCGUAAGGGAUUCCGCCAUUUGCCGGUUAUGGACGAGAAUCACGAUAUCUCUGGUAUUCUUGAUAUCACGAAAUGUUUCUACGAUGCUAUGGAAAAACUCGAACGCGCAUAUAGCUCGUCCCGCAAGCUGUAUGAUGCUCUUGAAGGUGUUCAGCAAGAGCUGGGAUCAAGCCAACCCCAACAGAUUAUUCAAUACGUAGAAGCUAUUCGCAUGAAGAUGUCCGGCCCAACCUUGGAGUCCGUCCUUACUGGGCUCCCUCCCACUACCGUCUCCGUUCGCACCUCUGUCAAGGAGGCUGCAGUGCUAAUGAAGGAGAAUCACACAACCGCAGUUUUAGUACAAGACCAAGGUUCGAUCACGGGUAUUUUUACCAGCAAAGAUGUCGUGCUUCGAGUAAUUGCUGCUGGUCUUGAUCCGGCCACCUGCAGCGUAGUUAGGGUCAUGACACCACAUCCUGACUUUGCACCUAUGGAUAUGAGCAUACAGGCAGCUCUGCGGAAGAUGCAUGAUGGCCACUACUUAAACUUGCCCGUCAUGAGCGAGGCCGGGGAGAUUGUUGGAAUGGUAGAUGUUUUGAAAUUGACAUAUGCCACCCUCGACCAGAUCAACAAUAUCAGCACGCAGGAUAGCGAAGGGCCGGCAUGGAAUAAGUUUUGGCUCUCCUUAGACAAUGAGACUGAAUCCUUGAUGUCUGGAGAAGGCAGCCGUAUCCCAGGGACACCAGAUCAUCGUUCCAUGAUGUCGCACGAUAUCCACCGCCCCGGCGCCAUGGAUCGCGGCGACAGCGUCCUUCCUAACGAGUCUGCCUCCCAUCAUGGUGAAUCGCCACCUACCUCUGCUCUGGACGGAGGACUACGCGCGGCACUGGAGGAUGUAGCCUUCCCAUUUAAGUUUAAAGCCCCCAGUGGCCGUGUCCACCGUCUCCAGGUCAUCGCAUCUGGCGGGAUCGAGGAUCUCGUUUUCCGUGUUGCCAGUAAGCUCGGGGCGGAGGCUGCCUCUCUUGGAGGUAUGCCGAAUUUUGAAGAUGGCGAAUGCUCGAAAGCAGGUUUUGCCAUGAGCUAUCUCGACAAUGAGGGUGACACUGUCUCCAUUACAACCAGCCAAGACCUGGUUGAGGCAAUUAGUCUCGCACGGCUUGCCCAUCGUGAUAAGGUCGACCUCUUUGUGCACGACCCCGAAAAGCCUCCGCUUCCAGCAACAGUUGAGCCACAGCCGGCAUUGGCGAAGCCACCGACCCCUCCAGAGUCAGUGCUUCGUGAACGCAGACAGUUCUUCGAUGACGAGGAGGGCCUCUCAAGAUCUAGAGGCCAGCCACCGGCCAUGGCCAGGCAAGAAGAGAUCAUUGCUGGAGUGCCGAACGACCUCCUUCUCCCAGGAGCCAUCGUCACCCUCGCAGUCGUCAUCGUGGCAGUGUUUGCCUUGGGCCGUGCCUCCAACCGAUAGAUAGAGCAGAGAAGAUGUUGGGUAUUUUUCUAUGGGUGUUCGAAUUUUUAGACCGCAGCAUUAUUGGCAAUUACAUUCUUGAUAUCACUGGAUGCAACGGCGGGUUUCCGUGUCGGGCAACGAUCGCGUCUGCCUUCUAGGUCUUGGCGGUAGUAUUUGUAGUAUUUGGUCUCUGAAAUUGACGGAAUCAAUGUUU